GUUUGGCGCCUUUACGGGGCCGGUUGGUUUUUGUGAUAAAAUACUUAAAAAGUGCGAACGAAAAUUCGCUAAUAACGUUAAAAUGGGCGAUAAAGGAGAUGGAGAAACGUUUGAUGAUGCCGUGGAAGAGAGAGUUAUCAACGAAGAAUACAAAAUAUGGAAGAAGAAUACUCCAUUUUUGUAUGACCUGGUCAUGACACACGCUUUGGAAUGGCCUUCUUUGACGGCACAGUGGCUUCCUGAUGUAACUAGGCCAGAAGGAAAAGAUUAUUCCGUUCACAGACUAAUUCUGGGUACACAUACAUCAGAUGAACAAAAUCAUCUACUGAUUGCUAGUGUCCAACUCCCAAAUGAAGAUGCACAGUUUGAUGCCAGUCAUUAUGAUAAUGAUAAGGGUGAAUUUGGUGGUUUUGGGUCUGUAUCGGGCAAAAUAGACAUAGAGAUUAAGAUUAAUCAUGAGGGCGAAGUGAACAGAGCCCGGUACAUGCCACAGAACCCUUGCGUUAUUGCUACGAAGACACCAUCAUCUGAUGUUCUAGUAUUUGAUUACACCAAGCACCCCUCGAAACCUGAACCCUCUGGGGAAUGUCAUCCUGAUCUCAGAUUACGUGGUCAUCAAAAGGAGGGAUAUGGCCUCUCAUGGAACCCCAACCUCAAUGGCUAUCUCCUUUCAGCGAGUGAUGAUCAUACAAUCUGCCUGUGGGACAUCAACGCGACCCCAAAGGAGGGCCGAGUGAUAGAGGCCAAAUCUGUAUUCACCGGCCACACAGCGGUGGUGGAGGACGUCGCUUGGCAUCUUUUGCAUGAGUCCCUGUUUGGUUCCGUGGCUGACGAUCAGAAGCUCAUGAUUUGGGAUACUAGGUGUAAUAACACGUCAAAGCCAUCUCACACAGUUGAUGCACACACCGCUGAAGUAAACUGCCUCAGCUUCAACCCGUAUUCGGAAUUUAUACUUGCAACUGGUAGUGCUGAUAAAACUGUGGCUUUAUGGGAUUUGCGUAACUUAAAGCUUAAACUGCAUUCGUUCGAAUCUCAUAAAGAUGAAAUUUUCCAAGUACAGUGGUCACCGCACAACGAGACUAUACUUGCAAGUAGUGGAACGGAUAGGAGGCUGCACGUAUGGGACCUCUCCAAGAUCGGCGAGGAGCAGACGGCGGAGGACGCGGAGGACGGCCCGCCCGAGCUGCUGUUCAUCCACGGCGGCCACACGGCCAAGAUCUCUGACUUCUCCUGGAACCCUAACGAGCCCUGGGUUAUCUGCUCCGUCUCCGAGGACAACAUCAUGCAGGUGUGGCAGAUGGCAGAGAACAUAUAUAACGACGAAGAGCCUGAGACGCCAGCCUCCGAGCUGGAGUCGGGAGUGAAUGUCAACCAUGGGUAG